AUGACCACAGCGACGGUAACAUAUCAUGAGUUGCCACCCCUUACAAGUUGGGUAUCGGAUUCUCAACAACAGCAGCAGCGGCAAGAACAACAACAGCAAACCCAUAAUUCACCUUCUCCAACCUCAAUACCACUUACAGCAUUUGUGUCCGCGGUACCAUUAGGAAUCGAACAACAGGAUCAGCAACCGCCGCAGGUUCUUACCGAUCAUCAAAAUCCACAACAACAUUCAUUGGUUACAUCAGAAGAAAUUUUCUGCACCCAGGUGAAUCAUUAUCGUACAGAUGUCGAAAUUGAUGACAGUUUUUGGGCGGCUACAUCCUUCCUCUCAACACCACCACCAAGUGCUGCGGCAGUUCAACGAUUUCAUCAGAUUCAUUCUGCUGUCCAUGGAAAUACUCAUUGUACUACGAUUGCUUUGCCAAUAUCAGGAGCACAACAACAACAACAACAACAACAACAGCAAACUCAUGGCGAAAAUGAAUACCGAAUUAAGAAAAGGCCUAGUAGUAGCAGUUGUCCAACAGUCCGUUCUCCAUCUUUGCCUUCUUCAAGUGGUAUGGUUGUACAUAGUGUUACCGAAGAGCUUUGCUUAGUUUGCGGUGAUAAAGCAUCUGGUUACCACUACAACGCCCUCACAUGCGAAGGAUGCAAAGGAUUUUUUCGACGUUCUGUCACUCGAAAAGCAAUUUAUCAUUGUAAAUAUGGUGAGUCAUGCGAUAUUGAUAUGUAUAUGCGGCGGAAAUGUCAACAUUGUCGUUUGAAAAAGUGUAUGGAAAUCGGGAUGAGGCCUGAACGAUUACGCGCUGACUCGCGAGUGCCUUUAGUUGUGAUUCCGGAGGAUCAAUGCCGAAUCAAACGUGAAGCUAAACAGAAAUUACGCACGGUAUUAGAGCAACAUCGCAAAGCGCAUUGUGCCAGUCCGCAGCAAGCGGUUAGCUCAUCGGAAUCAUCAGAUGAUUGUGUAGCAUUAUCAGUGGAAACAAGAGAAUUGAUUAAUCGAAUUGUGACUAUUGAUCAACAAUUCGCCACACCAUCCACUGAUACACUGAUGAAAAUUUCGGAGCGUAAUGAAAUGGGGAAUUCCUACCAACAGCUUGCUGAAUUAACAAUUCUAAGCUUACAGUUGAUUCACCAAUUCACAAUGCAUUUACCCGGUUUUUGCAAACUUUCCGAUGAGGAUAAGCGCACUCUACACAAAACUUGCAAGACGGAAGUACUUGUACUGCGUACAUCACGUUGUUAUGAUAUGUUUGAUGAGAAAAUAGUCCUCGGAAAUGAAACAAAACAAUGGCGCUACGAUCGUGAACAAUAUCGUGAAUUCAUUGGACCUUUAGCUGAUUUGAUGUUCGAUUUUGCGCAUUCUCUGUCCAAAAUGCAAUUACAUCAAGCGGAAUAUGUUCUGCUCACUGCUAUCGCUAUUUUUUCGGGUGAUUUAUUCAAACUUGAUCCAAUUCGCAACAAAUCCUGA